CGCCGACGAGGGGCGGGAUCCGAAGCCAGAUGCCCCCGCCUCUCUCCCUCUGGCCCCGCCCCUCGCGCGCCGGCCCCGCCUCCAGGCCCAUUCCAAGAUGGCGGGGAUCCCCCUGUACUUUGUGGACUUGCAGGAUGACUUAGACGAUUAUGGAUUUGAGGACUACGGUCCCUCAUGCGAUGGCAUGAGGGUGACAGCCUUCUUGGACGUUCUGGGCCAGGACAAUCUGCCUGCACUUGCUCGCCUGGAAAAGUACACUUUCAGUGGCAACAUCUUCAACUGUCAGAUUAUUGCCAGAGGGCUGCUUGAUAUCUUCCGGGACUUCAGUAACAAUGAAGAAGACUUCAUAACGGUAAUGGAGAUCGUGGUCAGAUUGUCAGAAGAUGCAGAGCCCACAGUGCGGGCUGAGCUGCUGGAACAGAUUCCUCCUAUUGCCAUUUUUCUACAAGAAAACAGGUCUGAUUUUCCAGUGGUGCUCUCUGAACAUCUCAUACCCAUCGUGGUGCGGUGCCUCGCAGAUCCAAACAACCAGGUUAGAAAAUCAAGUCAGGAGGUGCUGUUGAUUCUUCUGGAACAAGAUCUAAUUUUCCAGCACGAUAUUGAAAACAAAGUGUGUCCAAUCCUGCUGGCGCUCUCUGCCCCUGACGGCGAGGAUGAGUACAAAGCAGAAGCCGUGAGUGUAAUCUGCAAGCUGGCGUCGGUGCUGAGCAAGAGCACGGUUGAGCGCCGGCUGCUCCCUCGAUUCUGUGAGCUGUGUGGUGAUGGGAAGUCGUUCAAGUUCGGAAGGUUUGUGCCACAAAUUUGGGUGAUAUUUGUCGUGCUGUCGGACAAGAAGCCACUGAGAAAUUUUUGCUCCAGUUCAGGUGUUGUCAGCUGCACUGGUUGCCGCACAGCUAGACUCCGUGAAUGAGCCCGAGCGCCCGCCGACGGAGGGCUCAAGGAGGCAUCCAGUUCAGAUCCCAGCCCAGCCUCUGGCAGUCAGCCGGCCCCGGCGGCUUCACCCCCGCAGAAUGAGCUCGCUGCGGCCAGGACGUUACAAAGCACAGGUCCAGGUGAACCUGGCAGUGGAACCAGUGACCACUUGGAGACUGCCCAGAGGCAUGGCUGCAGCCCACUUGAAGAGGAUAAGUCUAAACCACAGGAUAUAAUACCUCAGCCCCUGCUAGAUCAGUAUGUGUCCAUGAUUGACCCAGCUCGAGCCCAGACCGUCGAUACCGACGUCGCCAAACACUGUGCCUACAGCCUCCCGGGGGUGGCGCUGACACUGGGCAGGCAGAAUUGACACUGCCUGAAAGAUACGUACGAGACGCUGGCUUCCGACGUGCAGUGGAAGGUCCGUCAGACCUUAGCCUUCUCCAUCCACGAGCUGGCUGUGAUCCUUGGGGAUCAGUUCACGGCUGCCAACCUGCUGCCCAUCUUCAAUGGAUUUUUAAAGGACCUGGAUGAAGUACGCCUAGGAGUUCUGAAACACCUGUAUGACUUUCUAAAGUUGCUUCAUGAAGACAAGAGGAGAGAAUAUCUUUAUCAGCUUCAAGAAUUUGUAGUGACCGAUAACAGCAGGAAUUGGAGGUUUCGAUAUGGACUGACAGAACAGCUGAUACUGAUUUUGGAACUCUAUCAUCCCAAUGAUGUUUAUGAUUAUUUCGUGCAUAUUGCCUUAAAGUUCUGUGCAGAUAAAGUUUCUGAAGUUCGGUGGAUCUCCUUCAAGCUAGUUGUAGCAAUUCUGCAGAAGUUCUAUUCCAACAGUGAAAGUGCGUUGGGGUUAAAUUUCAUCAAUGAACUCAUCCUAAGGUUCCGGCACUGUUCUAAGUGGGUCGGGAGGCAAGCGUUUGCUUUCAUUUGUCAGGUGAAGGUCAACGCCUCAGGUCGCCCUCUCUACUUAGCAUCUUGGAAGUGAGGUCAUGAUUUGUGUCUGGCUGGGGAGGAUGGCUGUCAUUUUGGAUCGCCUCCGUGUGCCGGGCAUCUUGUCCUACACCUGCUCCUAACAGUAAGGUCUGCCAGGUGUUGGGCUCAGUGCACCCAUGUACUUUUAGACCAGUUGUUCUAGCUGAAGGAGUUGGAGCCCAGAGAGGUUAGGUAACUUGCUCAGGGUCACCCAGGAAGUGUAAAGCCAUGAUUUUCUUUCUGCUGAACUGUUAUUUUAACAGUUUUAACUUUUCCUCAUGCACACGGUCUAUCAUAUACGAAGGUAGAGGGAACAGUAGAAUGAACCUGCACGUACUUGUCACCCGGCUUUGUCAGUAAUACAGUAAAUCUGUGAUCGGGCUCUACCUGAGCCCUGGCCCCGCAGCAGCCCCCUUUCCCUCCCCCAGAACCACUCGGCCUCCCUACUGAGGAACUCACCAGGGCCCCCUGUAGGCCCGCAGGGGUAUCACAGGGGUACUUUGGCCAUCUACUUGCAGAAGGGCAGUAGGGGACAGGGUCGGUGCCAAAGUCACAAAGCACAGGCCUGAUACCACAGACUUUCAUGAAGAAGUCAGUGCUGCCCACUAUUUUGUAGAGAAAGGGUAAAUGAGAUAUUUUUGCUUUUAUUUUUAAAUUCUUUUUCUGAGAUUUAGACAAUCCGCGAUGAAACAAGGAAAAGGCACCAACUAAUUUUGUUCGAGAAAAAUCAGUUUUUUGGUGUGCCUUCAUUAAAGCUUUAGAAAACCUACAGUAACACAAACAAAAGGAGAGUGUCCUCAGCCAGGAGAACCUCCCGGUGGGCACGUGGAUCACUGUUUAAACGCAGGGAGGCGUCGCAACCUGGAGACGGGGGGCCGACUUUGGAGUCAAAACCUGUUACUUUGAAGCCUGGGUCUACUGCUUCCCUGCUGGGUGGCCUUGGGCGAAGAACCCUCUCUGCACGGCCUUUCCGUGUUCUGUAAGAUGGAGUUCCCGGGGUACAGGCCUGCCUCCUGGUGUGGCCCUGAGGCUUUAGCGAGCUGACGCAUCCGAGUAGCCAGGCACGGUGCCGGGGACCUGGAGAGCACCUGGAGAGCAUAUCAGCUGCUGUUGUUACCCGGCAGUGGGAAGAGCUGCAGGAUUUAGAAUCCACAUUCCUUCCUUGGAAUCUCCACCUGCUGCUGCCUGUGGGUCUUGAGCCUUUGGGUGUCACCACAACAUUGGACUCACCUGUAAAACUAGGCUCAGUCUGAUUUCCAUGGCUGGCUAUAAGAAUGAAAUGGGAGAAUCCACAUACGACUCUGUAAGUAGAGCAGCAGUAAAUGCUAGGUGUUCACAGAGGGCCGGGCACUGAAUUGGGGUCUGGGAUUUGGCUGUCAUGUGAUAGGCGUGGUCCCUGUCCUCAAAGCCUGAGCUCUGGUGAGUAACAGGCGUGAAGGUUCCCAACCCUUGUUGGCGGGCGCUACGCUAGCCUUUGCAAAAAUGAUCUGCCAUCCCCAUUGCUACUCCAUGGUACAGGUGAGGAAACCGAGGCCCGGAAAGGUGAAGCCACUUGCUCAUGGCCACGAAGCUAGAAGUGACCAGGUUAGGUUUUGAACCUGGACCUGUCUGACUCCAAAGCCUUUGACUUCCCCACCAAAUAUUACACCACUUGUACCCCAGUGCUUGGUAAUGAACUAUAAAAGUGUUAACUGUGUUUCUAACCAAAUUCGGUGGUUGAGAUUUUAAAAUUGAGACACACACACACACACACACACACACACACACACACACACACACACACACACACACACACUCCUCAGACCAAAAGAUCCUGAAAUUACUUCUUUGGAAUUACAGAAGUGGAUGUUUCUAGAAAAACCGUGCUCAUCACUAUUGAAAAAGGUCUGUUUUCCGGCUCUGGCUUUCUCUUCAUCACAGGCAGUGGUGAGCGAGGAGUGUAUCCCUGUGGACCAGUUUGUUGAACACUUACUCCCCAGCCUUGUAAGCCUUGCAUCAGAUCCUGUGCCAAACGUAAGGGUUUUGCUAGCCAAAGCUCUAAAACAGACACUGUUGGAAAAGGUGUAUUUUAGAAAUGCCGGUAACCCUCAUCUUGAAGUCGUUGAAGAGACUGUCUUAGCGUUGCAGUCCGACCGGAACCAAGAUGUUUCCUUUUUUGCCACCCUAGAACCAAAGCGGCGGAAUAGUAUAGACACUACCAUGCUAGAAAACCAGAAUUAGCCAGUCUGUGGUCACUCACAAUCUGGUCAUUUCAUGUGUGGCAUAUGCUGCUCACCAUACCUUGAAGGGGAACUGAUUGUAUCAUACCUGCCCAGGGAGGACAGAUUUCUGAAACUCUGAUGUUGUGUGUGCAAAUGACGCCUUUCCCAUCUGCACUCACGGGAACUACUGCUGGGAUGGGCAGGAGUCCCAGGUGGCCCGGCCUGUGCUGGGCUCCUGUGCCCCUGCCUGCCUGAUGAGGAAAUCUGUUAAAAGGCUGUAGAACCAGGUGGCUCACUGGGGGGGGGGGGGGACGGGACCUCCAUGGCAUCAGACUGCCUGUGAGCGGUUUGUUUUCUCUAUUACAGACUAUAUUAUUUAACCCCCAGCCAACCCCUCCCCCCCAAAAAUCAA